AUGACCAAUGGUGAGAAGAAGAGUGUUUGGUUAAUUUACUCAAAUAUCCUUCCCGGCCCUGGGAAGCUCAGCUCACAGCAGGGUCUAUGUAAGGAAGAGGGACUACAGUCCCCACAGUCACCUCACCACCUACAGAGCAGAGCACAGUGGCUAAGUGCAAACUCCGAAGCUAGAAGACCUGAAGAAGAAUCCUGGCUCAUCUCCUUCCAGCUAUUUAAUACAAAAGAAGAACAGGAGUCAAGAGAUAGCUCAGAGAGCUGGAGUGUAUGCCUGGCAUGCAGGGGUCUUCUUGUGGCCCCUGACACCUCCCCAGGGUCCACUAGAACACUGCUGGGCAGCAUUCUUCACCCACCUUUCCCCAAAAGGACAAAGACUGAAGUGGUCAUCGAAGCCCGAGCCAAAGAGGUUGUUCAAACUCAGGAUAUCAAAAUCCUCCGAGAGCUGUAUUGUGAAUUCACCACCAGGAUCUCACCAUUCUACAAGGAAGUGAUCAUUGAUGUAAAGAGAGGGGUGCGGCAGGGUGAUACCAUUUCACUGAAACUCUUCAGUGCCGCCCUCAAGAACAUCAUGCGACGACUGGAAUGGGAAGGAAUGGGAGUGAAGAUAGACAGUCGGCAAUCACACCACCUCCGCUUCGCUGAUGACAUCAUUCUCAAAACACCAAACAUUAGCCAAGUGGCACAAAUGCUGGCUGACUUCGACCACAAGUGUGGAAAGGUCGGAUUGCAGCUGAAUCCCAACAAGACGAUGUUCAUGAAAAAUAAACUAGUCCCUGAAGCUCCAUUUGCUCUCAAUGGAACUAACAUCUCCGAAUGCAGCAGCUAUGUGUACCUGGGUCGAGAAAUCAACAUGAGGAACGACUUGGCACCAGAACUGCCCAGGAGGAAGAGAGCAGCAUGGAAUGCCUUCAAGAGCAUCAAAGAAGCGGUUAAGAGGACGAAGAAUCUCCGACUCUGGGCACAUUUUUUGGAUUCCACCGUUCUUCCUGCACUAACAUACACCUCAGAG